AUGAAAAAAUCAAGCGGAUAUAAAUACAGUGAGAAUUGGAUGAAUCGGCAUCAGUUUCGACUGACUUCAUCAAUCAUGUUUCUUCGUAUCUUCGUGUUUUUGUCUCUCGUCUACACUGUCUCCACGGUCAGCGUAGUUGCUUGUGAGACGUUCUGCUCGUAUGUGAAUGGCGGACCAUCCAGCAACUACUGUUCCCCAUUCCGAAGCUUCGCUGCUGCCCAGAACCGAACCUGCUUCUUGUUGUGCGUCAGAAGAUGUCUCAAAACUGGAGGAACAUGA